AAUAGUUGGCGCCCGAUGAUCCGCGGUGCCGUCCCGCUACGUGGGUACGUACAGAGAGAGAGAGAGCGAGCCGCAACCAGGCAGUAACUUACAGACGCAACACAACGAAGAUCUUCAGGCCGCAGACUACGCCGUGCAUUUCGCGAAAGAGCCAUUAAAGGGCCAAGAGGGCGGACUGAUCAACCCUUCAAGUUGCUGGAAAGCGGGGCUUGUUGAACAACGCUAAGUUUCACUUAACCGGGAAGACGGAAGUCGUCAGGCUGGAGUGCGUCCUGAUGGCCGAGUCAGAGACUGACUGUGACACACCAGGUCUCGAUACAUUGGGAUCUGAGUGUGUCAUUGCCCAUACGCAAGUCGUUGACUUGCAUUAUGGAGCGGAAACUGAGAUUAUGACUCAGGAGGAUAAAAGACUUGACCUAGAGGCUAUACAUGGUGAUUUAGGGGCAGUGACCUGUGUGGAUGUGGUAACAGAGACGGACCAUGACUACAUUAAAUCUGAAAUACACCACGAUCAUCAUCAGUACUUCAGCAGCGCAGAAAUCAAAGGCAAUGAGCAUUUGCUCGGUGAGGUGCUGUUGAAGACGGAGAUAGAUGGUGGAGAACACAUCGUAAAGGUGGAGUCAGACCACGGAGGGGAGCUUACAGUGGAGUCAGAGAAUGGAGUUAUCAUCCAUGAAGCCCAUGGCCUGCAAUGCAGUGAGUGUGGGGAGAUUUUUGGCUGCAUGUCUGAUCUGCAUGAACACUUUGAAAUCCACAAAGCCACUCACCCCUACAUUUGCGUCCACUGUGGUGAGAGCUUCGCUGUUGAAGCCAGCCUAAGAAGUCACAUGAGGAUUCACAUGAAAGAGAUAAGUUAUAACACUGGUCUUGAGAUGGUUGGUGCAUUCAACUUGAAACCCCACCAGAUGAUGCACUCUCCUGAAAAGCCACACAGAUGCUCGGAGUGUGGCAAAAGCUUCGCUGCUGCCAUCACUCUCCGGGAACACAUGAAAAUGCAUUCGGAUGACAAACCCUACAAAUGCACCCAAUGCCGAAAAAGCUUUGUGCGCAGACGGCAUUUGAAAAAACAUCAAGAGCUGCAUGCCCACGACAAGCCGUUCACCUGUCUUCAGUGUGGGAAAGGCUUUACGACGGCUUCUAAUCUCAAGCAGCACCAGAAGACUCAUGCUGGUGAGAAGCCACACAUAUGCACCCAGUGUGGGAAGUGUUUUGUGGCAGCAGCUACGUUGAGAGAGCAUCAGAGAAUCCACUCAGGGGAGAAGCCCUACAAGUGCACCCAGUGUCGGAAGAGCUUCGUCAGGAAACGCCACCUCAAGAAGCAUCAGCUGGUCCAUCAGGGUGGGAAGCCCUAUCGAUGUUCUCAGUGCGACAAGGGUUUCAACCAUUCCUCCUCCUUGUCACGACACCACAAGGUCCACCUGGAGGCUAAGAUGUUUGCCCAGGCUGAUAAGGAUUUCCCCUUCGAUACGACGGUAAAGAGGGGAAUGCACACAGGUGAAAAACCAUACAGCUGCAACCAUUGUGAAAAGAGCUUCAAUCAUUCGUCGUCACUAUCCAGGCAUCAGAGGACUCAUUCCGAUGGGAAGUCCUACACCUGUGCUCAGUGCGGGAAGAGGUUCAAUCAUCCCUCCUCUCUCGCACGGCACCAAAGGGUUCAUUUGGAGGAUAAGUCAACAUACAGUGCUAUUGCAACAGGAAAGGGAUUCCCCCACACUACCAUCUUGAAACAGAGAAUCCUUCAGAGUGAGAAACCGUAUAGGUGCGCUCAGUGUGGAAAGGGUUUCAAUCAUUCGUCUUCUCUGUCUAGACAUCACAGAAUUCAUAUUGAUCAGUAAGCCUGUUUUCUCUCCCAUAAGUGGUGCACUACCAUUCAUUCCAUGAUUCAGGCCAGCUUGUAAUGUUAGAGGGUUUGGCAAAAGAUGCAAGAAAAUCCAGAAAGUCUUGAGUGGAUGUGCUCUGAGCCAACUUGUCAAGUCAAUUCCUUUGGCUUUUUAAUAGCAAUGAAUUUCAAUUUGGUAUGAUUGACACUGAAAUCCCCUGUGUGAUGUUCACAUGACUAGAUGCGUACAUUAAUUCUGGAACGUGGUGUAUGAUUAAAACCAUAGACAAAACUUCCUUCACCACUGACUUGUACUCUAAGCUUGAAGUUUAUUGAAACCUGGCACAAGUCGGUUUUGAAAGGUAGAUGAUUUCUGCAAAUAGGCCCAAUAGACAACUAUUCACUCCCCUACUUUGUAUCUUUUCCCAAUCUCUGUAUCAUUAAUGGGUUGAGAAACUGAUAUCAUGUGUAAAUAUAUGUUGAUUUUCUUUUAUAUAGCUGUAUAGUUGAGUAGUGUGCUGUUCUUUUCUGAAAAAAAAAAAAAAAUUGAGAGCUUGUCUCAUGUAUGGUCCAGUUAGUCUUAUCCAUCUCUUGUAGGUGAAGUGGUAUGGUGCUUUCAGGGGAUGAGACCAGUUUUGAACAAGUUGUCGUAUAGAAAGGCUAUAUUAAUUAUAAACCAUUUAUGCUACAAACCAACAGAAUUUGCAACAUAAAACGGCAUAUUAUUAACUUGACCGACCGCUGGAAGUUCACUCGAGAGCAGCACAAAAGUGAGGGGCAAGAAAAGUCAUCUUUCAUGUUGUCAGUUUCAGCUCCUCUGAAUUGUACUGCUGAUUUUGUUAAAACAAGUGGACUUGGUACAGCCUAAGUAUUCCCCUAAAUGUCUUCAGUGCUUCUCCCUGCUACCCACCAAUGUUACCAAUGACUGACUGCGCGCGCAUUGAAGAUUUGCUCAAGUCAGACAGCACUGUAUAGCAUUUAGUUGUAUUCUGGGUACAUUUAGCAGAGUAUCAACAUUUAAUAAUAAUAAUAAUAAUAAUAAUAGAUUGUGUAUACUUUAAUGCAAAUGCAAAAUAUAGCUUGCUUUUCUUUUUUUUUGAAGUUUGUUUGAUUUUUGUUUCCCUCCCCCCUUAAUUCCAUGGGUUUGUGCUUUCUAUUUACAGUUCUGUGUAUGGAGAAUAUCUUUUUACAAACGGAUGUAUUUUUUUAAUAAGGUUUGGGUAAAUGAAAGGUAAAUGAAUGGAAUACUGUUUUUAUGGGAGUGAACGUUGUAUCGGAACUAUUCUUUCUUUUCCUUUGAAAAACAAUUGUGCUUCAUCACUUAGCAUAGGUUUAUUCAUUGUGUUAGUUAGGUGCCUUAUUGCAUGCCAUGUAGAAAUAUAUGCUGAGCUGUAAUAGAAAAAAAAAAGGUUUUGGCUCCUGCUCCCUUGUUUAUUUACAUACUAAUCAAUGUUUUAAUUUGAUUUUUUUUUUUUUGCUUCUCUGUAUGUGAAUGUUUACACUGUUACUUCUAUCUUUUAUUUUACUUGUCUGUCAACAAGCCUCUUUGUAGAAUAGAGGCUAAAGAAAGUUACAAUUUCAUUGAUCCAUAUGUUGAAUGCCCUCUAUAGUAGUCAAUUCUUGUCCUAACUGUCCCCAUCUUUGAGUGGCUCACAUAUAUGGAUAAAUAAAAGUUGUUGACUAUCAA